AUGCUCCUACCGAAUGCUGAAAUAUCCACGUCCUUCACAAAAGUCAUAUUGGCAACCGUCGAAUCUACUUCCUCCUUAGCCCCUCCAUCACUAUCGCCAUCGUUCGCGGAUGCUACAAGUCCUUGUGUUGUCAUUGGCAGUUGUCCUCGAACGGUUGUCGGGAUUCUGUGGAGUUGCCUAGCUGUUCUUUUUACCUGUACUUGGGUAGCAGUUCAUCCGAACAUCCCCCGACCAAAUAAAGUUGAGCAAUGGAAGGGAAUAAAGCAGAGAAUUGGAUUCAUGCUGUUGACACUCAUUGCACCAGAGGCAACAUUGUGGAUUGCUGUACGGCAACGGCUUGCAGCGAGGGAACUCGUGAAGAGACAUAGGGCCAAUGGGUGGACUAUGACACACGCUCAUUUUGCAUUGAUGGGUGGCUUCACUCUUUCGUUGCCCAAAGGAUCUCGAUCGGGUGUAAACCAUCUCUAUAAUCUUCCCGAUAACUUCGAUACUGCUACUUUCAUCGGUCAAAUUGACGAAGAGGAAAUCCAGGAUCGAAGUCAUAGUGAUGGUUUAACCAAGGUCAUAGCAAUUGGGCAAACCGGUUGGUUCAUCAUUCAGCUUGCUGCACGUUGGGUUCAGGAUCUACCCUUCACUGAGCUCGAGGUCAUGACUGUUGCUUUUGCAACUAUCAAUAUCAUGACCUACACCUUUUGGUUCAAGAAGCCACUGCGAGUCCAAUACCCAAUCCGUGUUCAGGCGACACGGGACGACUUGGAAAAAGUCAAAGAGAGUGAUAGUGAUAUCAAGUCUUCCCCAAUUGCGUCUCCGUUGUCACGACCAUCCUCGACACAUUCACUCGAUAAUGACCGAGAACUGGAAUCCACACCUGAUCUUGAUGAUGUAGAUCGCAAUAUAAGCUACAAUCAUGCGUCCAUGCCAGAUGAAGAGCAAAGCGAGCCGUUUCUGUCGGAUCUUGGGGCGGGAGAAACAGUGCCAUUUAUGGAGUUGAAUCCGAUUUCGGAGUCUGCAGCUUUGAGCCAGCCUCACGACUCAAACGGGAACCAUGCGCCUAAAGACAGAUUUCAGGAAGCCUUUAUGAUAGGCUGGGACAAUGUUUUCAACAAUUCUUCAGAGGAAGUUCUAUACCAGGAUGAACAGGACGUCAACGAGAAAAUUGAAGAGUUACUCAAGGGCAGUGAUCUUCGGUUCAAGAUCUACAAGAUAUCGCUGCUUAUACCCUGUGCGGUCGCAGCCCUCUUUGGGUUGAUCCACUGGAUUGGGUGGAUCUCAACAUUUCCGACGAGAACUGAGGAGAUAACGUGGAGGAUAUCUUCUAUUGUGGUAACUUUCAUUCCAGUUCAUGUUGAGCUGGCGUACAAAGCAUACGCUCAAAGGCAUGAUAUACUUUUGACUGCUCCUGAUUUCCUCAAGUAUGUUUUUGGGAUUAUCUGGUAUAUUGCACCUUUAGCUUAUGUCAUGGCUCGUUGGAUUCUCAUUGUCCAAUCGUUUCUUACUCUGAGGGACUUACCUUGUAGUGCUUUGCAAAAUGUUGAAUGGACCGAUUAUAUACCACAUAUCUAG